UGAACAAACACACCACAACUUAUACGUAAUACACAAAUAAUCACAAAAUUAAGCUGAUCUAUUUAACCCAUUCCAUUUUUUCUGACAUUAACCCUACAAGAAAAUAUGUGUCAUCACCAUUUGACUUAAAACUUGUGUAUUUCCUCGUCUUUCUGAUCACAAAAAGACCUUUUACGACGAGAAAUGCAAUGGAAAACUCAAUGUUAAUCAAUACAAGCAGUAGUAAUAGUAGAUGGGUAGCAACAGCAGGAAGCAUAUGGAUACAAGCAAUAAUAGGUGGGACGUACACUUUCAGUCUAUACUCACCUAUCCUUAAAUCCUCUCAAUCCUAUGAUCAGUUCACCCUCAACACCGUCUCCGUCUUCAAAGACAUUGGGUCCAAUGCCGGAGUUCUCUCCGGUUUGCUCUAUUCCGCCGUCGUAUCCUCGGGGCGGCAUAACCGCAAUGGCGGUGUUCCCUGGGUGGUUCACACGGUGGGGGCGGCGGAGGGGUUCUUGGGUUACUUCUUUAUUUGGUUAGCUGUGGUUGGAGUCAUCCCUCGUCCACCUGUGCCUCUUAUGUGUGUGUUCAUGUUUCUUGCUGCUCAUUCUCAAACUUUUUUCAAUACUUGGAAUGUUGUUACGUCUAUCCAGAAUUUCCCUGAUUAUAGUGGGACUGUUGUUGGGCUUAUGAAGGGUUUCCUAGGAUUAAGUGGAGCAAUCUUAAUCCAAGUAUACAAAGCAUUUUUCAAGGGAAAUCCAAGCACAUACAUACUAAUGCUUGCAUUACUACCAAGUAUAGUCUCAUUAUCACUCAUGCAUCUGGUAAGACUGUGCCCAAACAAAACAUCUGAGGACAAGAACAACCUGAAUUCUAUGUCCAUCGUCUCAAUGCUUCUUGCUGCAUAUCUUAUGAUCAUCCUCAUCCUGGAGGACAUUUUAGUGUUUCCCCAUUGGGCGCGCCUUGUUGGGUUCCUAGUUCUUCUCGUAUUCCUCUCUUUACCUCUGAAAAUCGCUACAGAGGCUAACAACAAAGAGAAAUCUCAAUCUCAACAACCAAUGCCCCUAAAAACAGACCCAUUGCUACUCUAUCAUGAUGAUUCUACUUCAAAUGAGCCCGAGAAAAACCUUAUGGGUGAAGAAAAUAGGGAGUCAGAAAGCGUAAAUCUGUUGGAAGCUAUGGGAAGCAUCAACUUCUGGUUGUUAUUUCUUGCUAUCUUAUGUGGGAUGGGUUCGGGCCUUGCCACCAUAAACAACAUGAGUCAGUUAGGUCAAUCUCUAGGGUACAACACGAGUAAGAUCAACACAUUGGUUUCACUGUGGUCAAUUUGGAACUUCGUUGGACGGUUUGGGGCCGGGUACAUAUCAGAUAGCCUACUGCGUCAAAGGGGAUGGGCGAGGCCAUUAGUGAUGGUGAUCGCGCUAGGGGCCAUGACUGCAGGGCAUUUGAUCAUUAGUUCGGGUUUUUUUGGAAAUUUGUACAUAGGAACUACCUUGGUAGGGAUAUGUUAUGGUGCAUUAUGGAGUUUGAUGCCUACUAUUACUUCGGAAAUUUUCGGUGUUUUGCAUAUGGGAACCAUAUAUAAUGCUAUUGCUAUAGGAAAUCCUUUGGGAACGUAUGUUCUCUCUGUUUGGGUGAUUGGGCAUACUUAUGAUAAAGAAGCAGGGGAUAAUACUUCUUGUCUUGGAGUUCACUGCUUCAUGGUAUCAUUCUUUGUGUUGGCUUUUGUUAGCUUCUUGGGAUUUCUUGUUGCUCUUACGUUGUUCUUCCGAACACGGGUGUUUUAUAGGUCUGUUGUGCUAACAAGACUACACCGUUCUCUAAAAAGGUAAUAAUCACGGACGGACUCCUUUCGCCUUAAAGGACAUCGUAAUGGUAGCACAUACGAAGUACAUUUUUAGAAAGAGGUGUACUAAAUCUAAUGCUUCGUACAUGAUACAACGUACAAGUAUUCUUUGAACUCAUCUCAUCGAUUUUAAGGCGAGUUUAUAUGUUAUUUUUCCUUAGCAUUUCUUUCAAUUUUAUGAAAUAUUUUCUUUGAUUGUGUUAUUAUAAUGUAAAUUAUUUAGAUAAAAAGUUCAAUAAUGAUAAGUAUUUUUGUAAAUCAGUUAAAUAAAGAUAUAUAUCCGUAUUAUGUUGA